AUGUCCUCUCAGUUUUCAUCUUUCCGCGUAAACGAGCCUUCGACACAGUGCCCCAUUUGCAAGAAAUAUUUCUCCAAUCCAUCGAAUGCGAAUCGCCAUUUAGACUUAGCACAUAACUUACGUCUUUGGCAUGACACAGACACUGAUGAUUAUGAUAUGACAAAUGAUGUUCCCGCUGUCGAAUCUUUUAACGACAUGGUCGAAUUAGAAGAUGGAUCUAGUUAUUCUGAUGAUAAUGACAAUCAUGACAAUUAUGAUGUUUUUGACGAAAGUGAUCUGAUAGACAGCGCCAGUCAACCACAUGAAGAACCAGAUCAUACUUCAACCUUUCAUGCCAAUCCAUUUUAUCCAUUCAAAAAUGAAAUGGAACUCAAAUGCUUAAUAGACGUAAUCCAGAAUCGACCGCAAGGAUUUGAUCCUAUCAAAAACGUACCAUCUGACGAUCGUAUCUGCAAAAGUCAUUCCGAAAGACGAAAGUUCCCUCGUCUUGAGGUGGUCACUUUUACUGUUCCCAAGGGUGAUGGUUCGACCGUCGAUCUGACGUACAUCAAACCAUCGAAUCAUCUGCGUUUGUUAAAGGCGAAUACUACCAAGGUCUCUCUUUUGAAUUCAUUGCCGGAUUUUUCCCCAAACAAGAGAACCACACUCAAUCAAGGCCUCAAAUGGAAGGAAUGCCCAUUAUUCCAGUCUCCCAUGGUUCCAAAAGAAGUGAGCAGAAAUUCAAAUGAUUUCUGGUUAGGGGAUGUAGUGAUUAACUCUUCUGGCUCAACACAUAUUAUUUCAAAAUUCUUUACUUUCGAAGGGCAAAUUUUUAUUGAAGCAUAUGCCAUAGAGCUUGAUCAUAACACCUUUUUGGCUAUACUUACUUCAGAAAAGAAUACCAUGUCUAUAUCAAGUGUUUCAUUCGUCUUAUCUCUUUUGGAACUAAUUGACAUGUAUCUACUCGCAUCGAUGAAUAUCGUCAGCAACACUGAUCAGGUUGUACGAACCCACUCAAGACAAUUAAAUGGGUUCCAUAAAGAUUUUAUCAACUACUGCCUUUCCGAACGCGAUAAAGUUCCAAUCGACCAUUUAACAAGGAGACAUAUGAAAGUUCGAAUUGUCCCAAUAUCUUUGUUCUCUGACAAUACCAGUGGAAAUAGAUCCAAGAAAUGGAAUUGUUUUGAUACUUGGACCAUGACCAUAUCGGCACUUCCUUUAAAAAUAAGCAAUGAAUACGAAAACCAUUUUUUCAUUUGUACAAGUAAUCAUAAAAUAACGGCAAUGGAAAUGAUAGAACCCUUGACGAAUGAUUUGUACAACUUGGAAAAGGGGAUGAUUAUGUACGAUUCCCAAUUCAAGCAGAAUGUUUUCGUGAUUUCGCCAGUUUUAUUCAUCCGUGGUGAUAAUGUACGUCAGGCCGAAAUUGCUCUUCACAAAGGAUCUAGGGCCACCCAUCCUUGUCGAUUCUGUUACUGGCAGUCGGACCCAUCAAAACCUGUGGAUGCUAAUGGACAACCACCAUCAUUGCAUUACAGAGCAUCUGGUUUUUCUGCACCUUCUCGUACACUCCAGGACUAUAAAGACUUUGCGACUUUGCAAUAUCAACAAAGACCGGAACCUGUUUUUCUUCCAAAUAGGGGACGUCCUCGGGCAAGGAUUGCAUUUGAAAGCGAUUGGAGCAAACUUGGAUUUAAGUUUACUGGCGGUGAGCAUUUUUUAAAAUUGGAUGCCAUCGAUCUUUCAAAGGACCUACCUGUCGAGAUACUUCACACGUUGUUACUGGGAAUGACAAAAUAUUGUUUCAUAAUUGUGUAUGAUAACUUUAUGGAUAAUAAUCAUAUUGCGUCAUUGACAGAUCUAUUCCGCAAUUACAACUCAAAAGCUUUACACCGUAACUUGACAUUAUCAUUGAAAAACAUUCGCUCAUUUGUCGGUAGAGACUACAAGAUCAUGGUACAGCUACUUCCUUCGUUGCUUGAACAAUCGCGUCUGGAUAAUCCCAGAUUAUAUCCUAGCCAAACAGUUUUCGAAUCAAUUUUCAAUUGCUUCAACACGUUAGGAUCACUUUCUUCUCUCAUAUACAUGGAAAAAAUUGAUAAUUUCGAACAAUAUAGAAAUAUGUUAGUCGUUUUAGUAACAGAAACAAUAGCGGCUAUGGAUAAUCUUCAGCAUACAUCAAUACAAAAUUCACACGGUAGAUCAGCAAAUUCUGGACAAACUCCCCUAGCAAAAAUGAAAUUCUCAUCAUUAUGUAGCAGACUAAAAGCACACUUGCUAGUCCAUUUAUCAGACGAUGUAGAAAUAUUUGCUGGUGGUUCUCACACUGAGGCUGAACGUUGUGAACAGCAACACAAGUUUAUGCGAGAGCUACUAUGCCAUACUAAUUGCCAUAAUGGUUCAAGAGAUGUAGCAUUAAGAUUUUCGGAAGAAUAUAUGCUACGCCAUAUGUGCCAAGGUGGAUCAUUUAUAAGAGAUUCUUCGGCACCAAUGUAUGAAAUGUGCAGUGAAGGAGUUCUUUUGUCUUAUGAUACAAUGCUUUUUCAAAGCGAGCUUGAAUUGUUAGACAAUAAUAACAGUAAUAAUAAGCUGACUGUUGGUCUCGCUGCUCUAUUCAGAAACAUGAACAGCCCAACAAAUGGCCAAACUCUUGGAAGGAUUUCCCAAAAAGCAAACGGUUAUUAAUUCGUUGAAGCUUUUGAAUUUGUGCCAAUAAGAGAUGAACAUCUUGGUUUGGUAAGCAUUUUCAGCACAUGCGCAACUGACCUGGCCGGAAACUUUGUAACCCGUAGACUGCCAUCCCAAGAUUUUUUAAUCGAAGAUACGAGUUCCGAAGACUAUGAGGUUUAAAAUGUUUUUGAUAUGUCACAAAUGCCUAUAGAUGCACAGAUCAGAAAUAACCAACAGUUUUCCGUCGUCAAUAAGUCCCAUUUUGGAACUUUAUGGUGGCUUCAUAAUACAACUUGUAGAUACGAUAAAAUUAUUCACUAAUUCUUCUUUAUAAAUACUCAAGUAAUACCUGU